AAGCACCUGGCAGGAGAAACGUGCAAAGGCGAAGCAAUGUGACUCAACGUCCAAGAAGCGGAUUGGUCAAGUAUAAGGUUGGGGCAAAUGCAUGCGAGAUGAACAAGAGAUCGGGGCGGUCAGGCAGGUCAUGAGUCACCGGUGGGGGACACAUGACCGGCAGCCGAAUUGCAACCAAUCGCAGCAAGGCGCGUGCACAAACAAACCGGCGCGUGCGAAGAAGACAAAGGAAGCGGAGCAGCGCGGGAAAACGGAAGUGCGGAAUGGGCGGAAAAGACAGACAAAAGGCGGAAAAUUGGAGGGGAACUGCAAGGCUACACACAAACAAACAGAAAGGCAAAAGAACAGCCAAGUGUGCAGUCAAAGUGGAGAACAAGCAGGAGCUAUCCCUAACAGUGUGUGCAGUCGGCGGCGGCAUCGGCCACGUCCUGGUUGAAGAGAAUGUCGUUUUCCUCAAUCUUGUUGAGCUCGUCGGUAUUGAAUGGGAUCAGAUGGAUCACACUGCCGGCAGGGAGACGUGCCAGCAGGGACUUGCACAGCAGAGCAAUAUUGGCGACCAGGGUGCCGUAGUUUGGAUUGUCGACAAAGGCACUGCGGGCCAGAAACAUGCCGAUUUGCUUGCCGGCGGUGAUAUCACCAACCUCGUCCGAGAUGGUCGAGUCCAGAGGAUAGGGCUUGAGCUUGUUUGCCCAACCAUAGGCAGCAGGCAGCAUGUUCUUCAGAUACAGGCUGAUAUCGGGGUGGUAGCUGACACGAGUGGUGCUCUUGGUCGUUGCCAAGGCGGCCUGGACGGCUUGGAACUGCUGCUGGCUUCGCAAAUCGACCGUGGUCAGGAGCUUCAGGAACUGGGUCUCGACGGCAUCCAGCGAUGUGAAUCCCAGAGACAGGCCGUGGACGGGCACAUGGGUCCAGUUCUUUUGCCGCAGGACAGCAACCAGCCUAUUCAGAAAGUACUCGUUGAUCAGAUCACCCCCGCCCAAGAUGAUACACCUGGGCGUGGUCAGAGGAAGUUGUUCUAUGGGGUCUUCGAGGCUGCCAACGUAGACGUCGUCAGUGGUGACUUGCUGCAAAAGCCAUGGCCACAUGCGGGCAAAGAUGUCGUCGCCCAGGUUGCUUCGGUCGUAGUAUCCCAGCACGAUGAUCAUGAAUGAGGAAAGGAUGAAAAUGACGCCACCGGCUGAUCUCUAUACUGAUAUUUUUUUUCAACCUGCUUGAGCUCCUGAUGGAUGGACAUGUGAAGCAAAUCAAGCUCUCGCUGGUGUCAAUUCACGAACUUUGAUGAUGAUCUUUUUAAUUGUCUCGGGAUUGUGCCAUUCUGAUUUGUCUGCUCUGUCGCUGUAAACAAC